GUCUUUGUUUUAUUGGUUGUCUAUCCGUCAGGCAGGAAAUUGAAACCUGAAAAUUAGGUUAUGUGUAUUAAAAUUAAAAAGCUUGUUUUUAAAUUUAUUUGAAUUGUUUUAAUGAAUUACAAUGUCCGUUACGCUUCACACUGACCUGGGCAACAUAAAAAUAGAGUUAUUUUGUGAGUUUUGUCCAAAAACUUGUGAAAAUUUUUUAGCCUUAUGUGCGAGCGAUUAUUACACUGGAAAUUUGUUUCAUCGAAAUAUAAAAGGAUUUAUUGUUCAAACUGGAGAUCCUACAGGGACAGGUAAAGGCGGAACUUCAAUCUGGGAGAGAAAAUUUGAGGAUGAGUUUAAGGAACAGCUCAAGCACACUGACAGGGGAAUACUUUCAAUGGCCAAUAAUGGCCCCAAUACGAAUGGUAGCCAAUUUUUUAUUACAUAUGGGGCUCAUCCACACUUAGAUUUAAAGUAUACAAUUUUUGGAAAAGUUAUAGACGGGUUUGAGACGCUUGAUGAGUUGGAAAAAGUGCCAGUUAAUCCAAAGAAUUACAGACCAAUAAAUGAUAUAAGGAUAAACAGUAUAACAAUACAUGCAAAUCCAUUAGCGUCAGGAUAAUAAAUAUAGGUAUUAAUCACUA